AUGGAAUCUCUAAAUAAUUUAUGUUCAAGCCUUCUUGCUUAUGACUCACUUAGUAUUGAACGAAACUUCCAUUUCAUUCGACCAACGUUUCUCUGCAUCUGGCAUACUCUAGACGCCUCGGAAUCUCAUCAGGAGGGCCGUUUCGGCAGGGGCCCCUUGCUGGCUCCUCCAAGAGAAGAAGGAAAUAGUGGUGGCGGAGGUGAGGUGCCUGUAGCAGCAGACAAGAAGGCGGCGCGGUCCUUCACUGAAACCGGAAUGUAUGCUGGGUCAGGGCUAUCGGCUGAAGGGUCAGCAUUAGAAGAGAUAUUUUGCCCUCUGUCUGGCGAAACGGGCUUCCGGCUGUCAGACAAUACAUCCGUGGUGACAGGAUUCGGUCGAUAUGGCGCCUGUGAGCCACCAGGGAACAUGGAGACGGGUCGACUGGGAAGUAACGGCUGCUUGCCUGAAGAGCGGGGACAGAUGAUUCGUUUAAAAUAA